AAAACCCCAAAAAAGCCCCAAAACACCCCAAAAUUUCGGGGUUUUUUGGCCAUGGGGCCGCUCCAGCUUUCGCAGAGGAUUUUUGGGGCGGUUUUGAGCGGGAGCUGCCGGGGGGCGGCCGCGGUUUUGGGGUGCCCGUGGUUCCCCCGAGCGCACGCGUUGGUUUUGGGCUCAAUGGUGGCGAUUUUGGGGCCGCUGCUGAGGGGAAGGGGGGACCCGCACAGCGUGCUGGCCUCGCCCCACAACCGCCUGGAGGCCCGCCUGACUUCCUGCGCCCCGGCCUGGACCUGGCUCCUGAUUGGCUCCCUCCUCGUCGCCUCCCACCCUUGGCUCCGCCCCCCCUGGAGCUCCGCCCUCCGCGCCCUGCUCCGAUUGGCCGUCGGCCUCGGCCUAUCGCGGGCCGGCCACGCCCUCGGCCACGCCCUGGAGGCGGCCACCGGAAGUUGCACCUCCCCCACCCCCUUGGGGACCCUGCUGGUGCCCCUGGGAGACCCCGCGGCCUGCAGGGGGGCGGGGCAUCGCUGGGAGGGGUUUAGCCCCGCCCCCCAGGCGUUUGCAUUGGUGCAUUGCGGGCUGGGAUUGGCCGAGGAGGCGGCGGCCAUUGGCCGGAGGUUGUACGGCCUGGACAAGAUGGCCGACCGAGGCAAGAUGGCCGCCGGGCACAAGAUGGCCGCCGGGUAUAACGCGGAAGAGGAAUCCAAGAUGGCGCCCUGGUACAAAAUGGCGGGCGAAUCCAAGAUGGCGGCCGGAUACGAAACGGGGGAAGAAUCCAAGAUGGCGGCGGCGGCGGCGCGGUACAAGAUGGAGGAACGAUCCGGGUGGGCGUGGCCCCGCCCAUCAUGGCGGCCCCCGCCGCGGCCAAUCGGCUUCGAGUGGGCGGGGCCUCCUCGGUACGGCUGGGGCGGCCCGCUUGGGCGGCCAUCUUGGGGCGGCGGCGGCCAUUUUGAAUCGGGCGGCCAUUUUGAACCAAGGCACGGCGGCCAUUUUGAAACCGGCGGCCAUUUUGAAGGCAGGAGCGGCGGCCAUUUUGAUUCCGGCGGCCGUUUCGAAUCCAGACACGGCGGCCAUUUUGAAUCAAGACACGGCGGCCAUUUUGAAUCCAGACACGGCGGCCAUUUUGACAGCGGCCAUUUUGAAUCCGGCCACCAUUUUGAACCCAGCCGCCAUUUUGACCCUUCCGGCCGCCAUUUUGAACCCGCCCGCCAUUUUGACCCCCACAGCCGCCCUUCCCUCCCACCCCCACCCCACUUUCAAGGCCGCCAUCUUGCCGGCGGCCAUUUUGACGGCCAUUUUGACAGCUCCGCCGGCGGCCAUUUUGAACCCGGCCCUUCCGAGGCCCCGCCCACCGCGCUGUCCGUGCUGUACCUAUUGGCCGUGGCCCUGCUGGUCACGUGGCACCUGCUGCUGGUGGUGACGCUGACCUAUCGGCACACGUGGGCCCGAAACGCCGCCGGCGCCGCCCUGGGCUGGGCCGCCUGGGCCCUCACCUACCGGGGGUGGUACCGGUGGGCGUGGUCACCCGGCCCGCCGGGGUGGGGCUAAACGGGGAGGGGGCGUGGCCAAAAUGGGAAAAAACCCGGUGAAAAUCGGUUAAAAUUGAGGGAAAUUAGGGAAAAAAGGCGAAACAAGAUGGCGGAGU